CUCCCGACGGCAGCCCCGACGUCGGACGGAAAGGCCGCCCAUCCAGGGGCGCCGUGCCCUGGGCGGGAGCCCAAACACCGAAGGGCUCCCACCCUGGCAGGGCCGUGUGCGCGUCCACGACGCCAGGCCUGCGGGAGAGGAAGGCCAGGCCGGGCUGUCGGGGAGGGAGAGGAGGCGGCGCCCGGGCCUCCUCCGCCUCCUGCUCCUCCUCUCGCGACUCGCCCGGGGAGCGUCGCCGCCGCCGAGGCCAGGCCCGCCCUGCGGAAGGAGGCGGACCUGCUGGCGAGGAACCCUCUGACUUUUAACUGCACUGGUUUUUCUUACUGUACACCAAUCCAUCAUAAAAAUGAAGAAAUGGAGGUGAAAACAAAAUCGUUUGUUGCGGAGAAGCAAUUCUGAUCUGUGCGUUUCAGCUGUGAAUACAUGAAUAGAGUGAAUACGUGAAACACGUGGAACCAAAGCUAGUGAACAUGGAGUGUAAAACGAGCAAAAUACAACACUGCAGGUUGCUACGGUCACCCCAAAGAUGUGGCCUGGAAGAAUAAUUGGCCUUUUUCUCGGUGUCAGCAUCGUCAUGCGGUAACGGCAAUUCCAUUUUGAAAAAGAAAAUGCCAAAGAAGAAGAAAAACUUUGGCGUGAGCCCAUCGAGGAAAAAUACAAACCCAGAGACAAUGUCUGCUCCUGACGCCUCAUCCUCACCAACUUCGUUACAUGGGAUCAAUAAAGAAGAACUCAUCAGCGGACUUUCCGAAAUGUUCUCGGACUUGGAUCCCACGGUCAUCUACAUGGUGCUGUCGGAAUGUGAUUUCAAAGUGGAAGACACUAUGGAUGAUCUGCUAGAACUGUCCACAGCAGCUAAGGAUACAAUAUGUUCAUCAAACGUCUCAGGUUUUGAUUCUUUCUCUGCCUUGCUAGUUGGUGGAAAUAACUCAAGCUGUAGCACUCAUGAACUCGAGGGCAACGAUACUACUGCUGCAGUGGCGAAGUGUGGUGAAGAAUCACAGCAGCCCUGGUUAUCUGAAGAACUGGCCCGCCUGAUAGAUAAUGCUCUCGAGAAAUGCAGUCAAACAAGCGAAGCAAAAGAAUCAGGAAACGAUCGUCCCUUAGGUAGUCUAACUCUGGCUCAGGAUCACAGUAAUUCCAAUUGCACUGAACUAUGUAUAAAAUCCAGCGGAACAGCAAUAGAAAACUGGUUCACUGCAUCGAAACCAAGUUACAGUGAAGCGUCAGAGUCAAUGUCCAUAACAGAGGUUGAGACAAAGGAUAUUUUGACACAAAACCCAGAGAGCUGCAGUUUGCCAGAAGUUGUCCUGGACAGCGGUGCUGUUUCAGACAUCGUGACGUUAGCCGACAAGGCAGAGUCUUACACUGAUCCGAAUCAAAUGCAAAAGGUUUUAUUUGACUUUAUAGCAGUGAGCACCCCGACUGCUCAACGGUGUCACGGUUUCGCAAAAAUAGAGACAAACGCCUCCCCUAAUUCUUCUGCUGCUGCUUCUUCACGGGAUGCUGAAGAGCAUGAAAAUGGAGUGGCUCUCUGCAACGAUCUUAAAAAAAAUUCCGUUCCUGACCUGUGCACAGGAUCUGGUUUGAAAUCGGCACCUUUUACGAAGGAGACGGAUCCUUCUCAGCAGACGUGGAGUUUGCCGUUUUCUCUGUUUCAGACAUAUCCUCGGCAGCUUAGUUUUUAUCCAGCGUUCGAUUCACAAGGUGGAAACCAUAGCUUUGUGACUCCGAUUGCCCUCAGUCCCGGGAAGUGGAGACCGGCUUUGGAUGGUAAGAGUCAAGUAAGGACCUUUUGCUCUCCCAGAGUUUCAAAAUCCUGGGAGAUGCCAAAGAGAUGCGGCAGUAAAAACGGGCGACAAAGACACCAUUUUUCUCAAGUCCAUCCAUUGCCUGGAGGUCACGUAACGAACAGGAAAGCCUUCCCGGGUCAUGUACUGGUUCUACUUCGAGGGCUUCCGGGAUCGGGCAAAUCAUAUUUGGCGAGGGUUUUGCUUGAGGAUAACCCUGGUGGGAUCAUGCUUAGCACAGAUGACUAUUUUUAUCAAAAGAACGGGCAGUACCAGUUUGAUGCUGAUUGUUUAGCAGACGCACAUGAGUGGAAUUGGAAACGUGCCAAAGAAGCCUUUGAGAAAAGGAUCACUCCUAUAAUCAUAGACAAUACAAACACACAGGCUUGGGAAAUGAAGCCUUAUAUUGCUUUGUCACAGCAACACAAAUAUAAAGUUAUAUUUCGCGAACCGGAUACAUGGUGGAAAUUUAAACCCAAAGAAUUGGAAAGGCGAAAUGUUCACGGUGUGUCUAAAGAGAAGAUCAAAAGAAUGUUGGAACGAUACGAACAUUGCCUGACUGUUAAUUCAAUUUUGAAUUCUUCAAUCUCAGAUGGCAUGAAGAAGAUUGCAACCUGUGCUGAAGUUCCUCCUUGCGAGAAAAGACAGGGGAAAGAAGAGCAGAAAGAAACUUUUGCUUCCUCUUUGCAAGGUGUAGAGUUAAAUCCAGGUGAAAAAGCUGCUUUAGAAGAAGUUACGGCAGAAGAUCGGCAUCUUCAAAACGAAAAGAGAAGAGCUGGACCUGAUUCACAAGAAUUCAGUUCUGAACGUAGUAUAGACUGCGUGGACGCUGAUGCUUUACCAGCAGAGAUCGAAAUGGAAUCCAUUCUGGAAACCGAGUUAAGACCAGUCUUGGAUUCCAGUGACGACACUCUGUUGUGCAAUAAGAGUGAGUUGAAACUUCAGAUUGAAACAACUGCAUGUCAUGAAAUAACAGAGGCAGAAUUGACCGAAACGCAAAACAAAGGUGGAGAUCUAAAUUCUGGCAACUCAGUAAAACCUGAAACAUUCAGCUUUGUGGGAGACUGGCCAGUAGAACAAACGUUGAGGCAAAGGGUAAAAAGAAAUAAAAGAUUAGACAAACAUGCCAGAAGGGACAAGGGAGAUUUAAGUGUGCCAACAUCUACCCUUGAUUCGUUAAAAAAUACAAGUGAAGAUAAAAAAUCAGAUUUCGUAGACGGCCCUCAGGAACUGCCACUUUCUGAAGAAAGGUGUAAAGAUAAGUGUGAAGAAAACAACUGUAACUUUCCUUCCACGUCGAUGCCUAAGGUUAAUACAGAAGUUCAUACAACGGAAUUGCUGAUGGUAGGGGACUGGCCGGUCCAAACUUUGCAGCAAAGACAACACAGAAUGCAAAGAAUAACCAAGCGAGACAUUAGUGAGUCAGAGGGAUUAGGAAACAGCCAACAUGAGGUCAACGCUGAUGAUGGGAACGCAACAUCUUUGCCGGAUGAAACAUCUGCAGAUGUUGAAGAGCAGUGGGCCCCUUUGAAGGAGGAACACUUUCAAGGAUCUGAAAUAGCAGCUUUGGAAGCUCUUAGUGAGAAAAAGGCGGCCCCGAAUAAAAGAACACGUAAGCAUCAUAAAUUAGCUUUAACCUUUACCAACAAUUCAGCCCUCAACAAACCAGGAGAAGCGCUGCCUCUGUGCAACUGGACCGAAGAAAAACCCAACAAAUGUGCGGUGUCUGAGGCUACUAAAUAUUCACAGACAGAACCACGGGAUUUCGCCCUUCUGUGGAGACUGGAGAGAGAAAUUGUUUUUUCAGAAGAUACAAAAGUAUUACAUGGCAGGCUCGACGGAUUCGUACCCAAAAGGGUUGAAGCUAUUCCAGAUUGUCCGGAAAAGAUACCCUAUAAAGCAACUUACGAGAGAAGCACCUACGUAGAAGAAAGCGAGCUUGUGAGUGUGGAUGAAUCUGAGAACCUCAACAUUUUGUGCAAACUCUUUGGGUCUCUUUCCUUUGAUGCCAUCAAAGAUUUGUACGAACGGUGUAACCGAGAUAUGGACUGGGCUACGGGCCUGCUGUUAGACUCGGCCGAGAAACUGUGCAAAGAAGACGACAUUGAAGGCCUGCAGAAAGCAGAGGUUCCGCUUCCUGACAUGUCUCUUCCUUCCUUCCUUACUCACCCAUCCGAAAUAGCCGAAGUUCUCCUUGGUGACAACGGUGAGAACAUUUCUGACCCUCUUGCAGGAAAAGGUGUAAAUUCUUCUUCGGGAGAAAACAAAAUCCAUCCGUUACCUGCUACAGGGGAACAUGCAGACUCCUCCGACCCGGAGGGAGAUCCUUUGAAUGGGCAAACAAAGCAGAGAAUAUCCUGGACGCGAUCGGAGAACGAGCCGCGGAGUAGCUCUUCCGUUCGUGAAACGGACGUCGCUGUUCGUGAUGAAGUUGGUGGCCCCUGGGAAGCCACCCGUGAUGUGGAAGACGCCCAGCCUCCAGCGGACCGUCAGGAGAGUCCAUUUCCAGAAGACACCUCUGAUUUGGAAAGAAAGGAAGCAACCGAUUCAAGCAGGGCAGAAAGCGACCGAUUUGAGCAGGGCAGAAAAACGGAGGGAGGUCCCGGCGUGGUGGUGGCGACGCAAAGAGAAAAGAACGACUCCGAACGACAUCCUGGGACGGUCAAGUUGCAGAACUCCAUGUCCCACUCAAAGUCUGUGAGCAUCGAUUGCCUCGAGCUGGUCUUAGCGCCAGAAUUAGCCAUGCAGUUAAGUGAAAUAUUUGGACCGGUUGGAGUUGAUACAGGAUCACUAACUCCUGAUGACUAUGUGGUUCAUAUUGAUCUGAAUUUGGCCAGAGAAAUUCAUGACAAAUGGAAAGCAUCUAUUAUGAAGCGUCAGAGGAGAGAAGAAGAAUUGUGCAAACUUUUUGAAGAAAAUCCCGUGCUGUUUGAGCAACUGCACCCGGGCCAAGUGGAUGGCCUGCUUUCCCAGUACGCUGCUGACUUCCAAGGGCGGGAGCAGGAAAGUUUACCUAUGGCUGCAUCGGCUGAAAGCUCGGCGGAUUCCGAAGUUUUCCCUUACAUGGAUCAUUGGAACGUCCACACCCAGAAAGUUUCGCUCCGGGAGAUCAUGUCUGAAGAAAUAGCUCUGCAAGAAAGACUAACUCCGAAACCUUUCCCUUGCAUCGCUAAAAAAGACUGCGCUGCCAAACUGAAGGAGAAACAACUUUUGGAGUUAUUCCCAACCAUCAGCGCAAACUUCUUGAUGGACAUCUUCAAGGACUACAAUUAUUCCCUGGAGCAAACGGUCCAGUUCCUCAACAGCGUUCUAGAGGCAGAUCCCAUAAAAAACGUGGUCGCUAAAGAACCGGCUCAGAACCCCGCACGGUCUCCGAGCAACGCUUCCAAGAGCCGAGAGAAAAAGGCUAUGAAGACUAAAGAACUGGAAGACAUCCUGAGCGAGAAGGGAUUCCAAGACACUCAAUAUCCAGGCUACGAGGACUUCAGGGCCGAGGCCUUUCUUCACCAACAGCAAAGGCAGGAAUGUCUGCGGAAAGCCGGAGAAGCGUACCGCAUGGGGAUGAAGCCCGUGGCGGCGUUUUACGUGCAACAGGGCCAGCUUCACGAGCAGAAGAUGAAAGAAGCGAAUGAAGACGCGGCUCAGCAAAUCUUUGAGAAAGUCAACGCUUCAAAGCUGCCCAUAAACCUUUUGGACCUUCAUGGUCUUCACGUGGAUGAAGCUUUGGGUCAUCUCUCCAGAGUGCUGCAGGAGAAAACCACAGAGUGCAGCCUGCCAGGUGGCGUGCCGUAUCUCUACGUGAUCACCGGAAGGGGAAACCAUAGCCAGGGAGGAGUUGCUCGGAUCAAGCCAGCCGUUAUGAAAUACCUCACCAGCCACAAGUUCAGGUUCACAGAAAUAAAGUCAGGCUGUUUUAAAAUCUGGCUGGAAUAAAAGGAAGCCCCCCCCCCCCUCAAAAGGAUUGGAAAAGCUGAUGUUGCCGAAGCAAGAAACAACUUCGCGUUUUUAACGGGAUAAACGCGUCCCUGUCGAAAACAGCGUUUCAGUGGAAAGGGCUUAACCAUCAGCGGGCGUUUGUGUCAAUGUGUUUUCCCCCUUUACCAAAUCUCUCUUGUGUGUGUUUUAAUGAGAAGUAUUUUUAUAAGCCGCCCUGCUUAUCGAGAAGUUCCCCAAUUUUCAAAGGGAAGCCAAGCUUCCAAUUGGAAAAAAACUCUGCCCUUUUCAUUUAACGAAUAUCCCUAAACAUCUGGAAUGUAGUGCUCUUUUUUUUUUUUUCAUGGUCUCUAUUCCAUUUUAAAACAAUUCUUAAAACUCUGGCUGAGCUUACGUCGGAUGCUUCGAAGGACUUUACGAGGUUUGGGGUUCGAAUCCUCGGCUCGCUUUGGAAAGAGGGAGAAAAUAAAAAAUUGGGUUGCAUUUAUUUUCAGGGCAGGAAAAAAAAUGUAGUAGCUUGCAUCUCAGCUUUUCAGAUCUUUUCUCCUCCUGGAUUUAUCUCCCUAAGGCAUCGACAUGCUGACUGACGGGACAGUAAAAAUGUGGCGAGGAAGAACAGGCAAGGCCCCAUUCGUUCAGAGGUUUGGUCUUGACUGCUUAUUUUGAUAAAUGUCACUUGCUAGAAUCAGAGAGCCCUGUUAUUGCAAAGAUAAUUCACCAUUUGGGAGCCUUUGAAUACUCCCACAGGACUCAGUAUGAGCAGGCCGAGUGUAUUAUAAAUAUUAAGAUCCACCGUAAGUGCAAUAAGCAUUUGAACAAAGAAUACCUAAGUGUUUAUUCAGGUAUAUCUCUGCCUUUGGGCUUCUAAAGAUGCGAGCAAAACUCCAGCCUGGAAUGGUUAUUGCCAAGACUUCUGGAAAAGAAAUAUAAGCAAACCCCACAUUCUCUGUCCUAACAUCAUAAAAACGACGCGUUCACCAGCAUCUGUUGUACGACAGCCUAUAAAAGACGAGCUCUGAGCACAUCACUCACGUCAUUAAGUGGAACACAAGUAGAAGACUCCUAUGGCAGCUAUUCCGAUUAUUCUGCAUCAGCUGAUAUAUAUAUAUAUAUAUAUUUUUCUCUUGUCAUUUUGCUAUGAAUUUACACUGGUCUUAUCAAACUAGCAUCUGGGAAGCCAAAGCAUUACGGUGCAUCCGUGCAGGUCUUGGUGGGAAUCUUUGUGACCUGGUUUUUUAAAAAUCUUUUCUUAAGAAGUAAUGUUAAUUGUACAUUUGAGAUGGGUAAAAAAAAAGAAAAGGUGAGAUUGCUGAAGGGAAUAUGUGACUGUUAAUAGUAUUUUUAAAAACAUGUUUCUGAAUGGGAAUAUGGUACCGAAUCUGAAUUUCUGCCAUGAGAUUCAGUUCCUCUCUACUGAGACAAUUAAGAAAAAUGGAGGAAAAAAAUUAAGAUCCAUUUAUUAUUACUUCCUUGAGGAAAACUGAAUGUACAAUUUUAUGUUUCUCCUUUUAAAAUAGAGCGGCAAUUUUCUUUCAAAUACUUGUCUCUUUUCACGAAGCUUUUUCCUUUUUUUUUUUUAAAUGCAGAUUUUAAUGCAAGCCCCUAUUAUGAAUUUCAGAUAUUUUUCAAAUCCUUUAAAACGGCACUUCGGUAAAAUACGGAACUAGGAACAGGAAGGGAAUAAACAGCAAGCAGGCCCAACAAGAACUACUUGCAAUCGGUAUUAUCCCAUCAAACUCAGAUUUGAAAUAGAUUUAUUUUAAAAUUGUCCUAAUCUUUCAAAAAGACAACGAUUAUGCAUCUGGGUCUGUCUUACCAUCGUUUGGGUGAGGAUUCUAGGACAAAUUAACUUGAAUAUAAUAUCAUUAAUGGGCAUCCUGUCAUUAAAUUUUGCUUUUCCCCACUUGCUCUGAUAAGAGGUGCAAGGCACGUAGAUGUCAUUAUUUCUGCCUUGCCUUAAUCCACAGUGGGACGCUAGAAAGUCCUUCGGCUAUUUCACGUAGGCUUCGCAAGUAGAUAUGGAGGGCGUACACGUCAAGGAUGGUCCCCCCCCAGGGAGAAAGAAAAGAGAAGGAAGCGUGUGAGUAACCGUUCCUCCUGGGACUUAUUUUUCCCGGUGGAUAUAUUCUGAGCAUAAUGAUCCCAGAUGUUCCUCCAAAGGGACUAGAGUCCUUGUUGUUCACCUGGAAGGCCCAGAUAGGUCUUCUUUUGGAACGACUUCAAAUUGUUUCGCUCAAGAUGCUUUUGGGGAAGGUGGACUCUUGAGGACCACCUCACGACCCGGAUCGGAUUAAGGAGGAAUGAGAUGGUUUUUCAACCAGAUUCAACGGUCAUCAAUACGGCUCUACAUUUCUCCCCACAAUUAAUCUCUUAUUCCACAAGAAUCGGGAGGCGAUUCCUUUUUUUUUUUCCCACAGCGCCCAAGGGCAUUUGACAGCUUCAAAAUUCAGCCUUCCAGAGAGUGUUAUGUUUUUAUUGUGCUUUUUUCCCCCCUUAGUUGGAGUUUGCUUGCUUGCUUAUUACUGUAGUUUGGGACAGGGGUCUGUCUUCCCAGGGCUAAAUCUUUAAAAAAAAGAUUUUUGUAACUUUUCUUGUGACGGGGAGUAGCAGACGACAACGACAGAACGUUUUCCACCCGCUGUUGGAAGAAAACUCCCAGUUGCCUUUUUGUCUGAUAAAUAUAAGGAAUUACUGGGGGAGGGAGAGCCAAGAGACAAAGAAUUUUACAGGUCAGCUAUUUUCUAGGUUUGAAAACCAGGAUAGCUGGCUGUGUAGUUAGAGCACAUGGUGGAAAAUGUCAGAUUAAGAUCAUUUGUUGCCUCCAUUCGCCCUCAUUCGUUGAGAAACGAUGUGACAUAUGUUUGUAAAUCUUGGUUAUGUGUGUGUGUUCAACAACAAAAAUAUUUAGGUAUCUGCUUACUUCAUUAAUAUAAUUGAUGAAACAAUGUCUCUAUAAUCUAGACUUACAUGUUUCUAAUGAAAUCUGAAUAACAUGGAUUGCACACAUCACAUAUGCCCAGAAGUAACAUUUAUAAUGGAAAACUAAAUAUUGGGGGGGGGGGUGGAAUCUAUGCGAGUUACUUUUAAUAUGCCAAAAUGUAUGGCAGAUUUUUUGUGUGUGUGUAUUGAGGAAUUUAAAUCAUUUGUAAUGAUUUAUAUUUAUAACGUCCCGCUGUGCAAAUCCUUCAAGAGGAGCUAGCCAAGUUUGUUUUAGAUUGUUCAAAUAGUCUGCAAAAAAAGCUUAGAAGACGCUUACAGAAAUAAAACUGGGAUUUAAAAACUGAAGGAAACAAUGCAUGGUGUAGUUAGUCAUUGAAAUCUGCAAAGAUAUUAAGGGAAGUCUACUCAUAAAAAUAGGUUGCCAACAUUUCCAUAAUUAUAUUAAUACUUCACUGGGCUGCAGUAAAAGCAGCGUUAAAAUUGUAAUACCUGAAGAUUUUCCUCAGUCUUAAAAUUGAGGAGAAAAUAACUUUUUCUGUAGCCGUUUUUUUAUUAUCAAACUUAUUUUAGAUUAAGCUGCAAAAACUUCUAACGAGGUAGGGAUUUUAAUUAUGAUGCAAGAUUUGCAAUACCGGCUCUCUUAUUUGGGGGGAAAAUAUUUCUCAGGAUAUAGUUGUUUCUAUGAGAAGUGCCUACGGAAGAUAAAGCCUCCCCAGCCCUUUUUUUUUUUUCCAACAGAUAUAAUUGUGAAUAAAUAUUAUUCGCAUGAAAUGCGUGCUGUUAAAUUUCACAGAUGUUCACUGCCUUUAUUGAGAAGAAUUUACGUUAUAAUAAAAGCUACAACCUGAAGCGAAAUACAUAUGUUAAUUUACACCAUCUUUUCCCAUGGAUUGGUAUGAAUAAGUGACCACACACAUAGCUUCUAUAAUACUUGCAAUCUCAACAGCUUUUGAUACGAUUGCCAGUUUUGGAAACACAAAUGUAUGUGAUUACGUAUGUUGCAUACUAAUAUUUAUUCAUGUGGACCUAGCUGGCAAGUGGGUGUUCAAAAUAACGAAAAUAUUAGUAAACUUCUCAAAAGAAGAAGUACUGGACAGGAAAUAAUUUUGCAUUAAUGGUGCAAAAGGUGCAUUAACGGAACAUCCAGUAUUGCAGUAUGCACUGUCAUAUUAUGGGAUACAUAUAUAUAUAUAAGUGAAUUCCUCUUGUGUUUGUCAAGCGUACAGAUCUUACCUAAUUCCUUAUUUUUUUAUAUAUAUUGCUUGGUUGUUAGCACAUGUAUUUUUUUAAUAAAAGAAUUUUGAAUAAAACACCUUAA